AUGACACUGAUUCUUGCAACGGCUUUCAUCGCCAUCACAGCGCUCGCUCUCCCCAAUCCCACCAACUCCAUCCUACCACGCGACUUUCCUGAGCCUCUGGGACGCAACCAGGGGUCUCCUUUCACCGCCCUCACGUUCACAAUAUACGAAGAGCCGCACUGCAAAGGUGAACCCGCGGGUACCUACACAGGCUCUUAUGGCUUCUACGAAGCCCACCAAAUGCAAUCCUAUAGGCUCACCCGCACACUCACUAUCCAUGAAGUGUUAGACUUCUACUCUGGCUCGGCGACAGAUCUGACAGUCAAUAAUACGCACGAUCCCACCAAGAAUGGACAUUAUACAGAGGCUUGCUGGCUAUACGACGCAACGGCGGGGAUAAAUGCUACUGAAAAGGAUCAGGCUACUGGGGGGGGCGGGCACAAUGGGAAGACUGCAGGGUGCCAUACUCUUAACAAGAACGAGUGGUGUGCGAUACUAUGGUUACCGUAA